AUGUGGAACGACGAGGAGGACAACAACCCGUAUGGGACCAGCUUUGACCGCCGAGACUCAAUCACAUCUUCCUCAGGCAAUCCCACCUCUCCCAGUUCACGCGACUCUUUGGAUGACUCGCCGGAUGAAGCUGAUGCCGACUGGGAAUUUGUAGACUCCCGCUACGAACCUCCGCAAACGCCUUCGUCCACCAGCGAGGACCGCCCGCCUCAAACCUACCAGCGUGAAGCGAGCGACUUCGACAGCGACAACGAGUAUGCAGCCCAGGCUCCAGGUCAGCUGCCUAGGAGGAAGCCAGGUGGUUACGACAGUCGCAUUGAGCAGAUCCUCUACGAGAAUCCCGACCUCCCUAUCAUGAUUACGGAUGCGGGAAAGAGCCCCGAGAGCGGUGGAAAGUACAUCGUAUAUACCAUCCGAACGGGGGACCUCGAGGUGCGCCGCCGCUACUCCGAGUUCGCGUCGCUACGAGAUGCUCUCACCAGACUUCACCCCACGCUUGUCAUGCCUCCCAUACCCGAGAAACACACCAUGGCCGACUACGCUGCAAACCCGACGAAUGCGAAGCAAGACCAGCAGAUCAUCGACUUGCGGAAGCGCAUGUUGGCUGUCUUCUUGAACCGCUGCCGACGGAUGCACCAAGUGAGGGAAGACGGGGUGUGGUGGAGAUUCCUCGAUCCUAAUGCUAGCUGGAGCGAGGUCCUCCAUUCGCACCCCAUCGCAUCCAUUCCGAAGUCCGUCUUGAAGGCACCACCUCUCGAUGCUGCCAACCCCACACCAGGGCACCUUUACCUGCCAGUGCCCUCCUCAUCGGCAAGGCUGAAGGGUCCUGCUGGCUCGGGGCCAUCGCCCACAUUCGAUGGUUCUGGAAGUGUCAUUGGGUCCCAAUUCUUGCGACGACUACCUCACGAUACCGAAAACAUCAGUGAGCAAGAGUUGGAUCCCUACUUUAUUGGCUUUGAAGCUUCCAUUAAGGAGCUUGAGAAACUGUUGAUGGGGCCAAUGGAGAAAGUCAACCGACGAACACUUAGCCACCUGUCCGCGCUAUCGACUGAUCUUAAUGACCUGGGCGCAAAGUUCAAUGCGUUCGCUCUCUCUGAGCAGUCGCCUUCGCUCGCCGCCGCGAUUGAACGCGUCGGCCAGGCCGCCGACUCAUCAUACAUUGCAACCGAAGAGUUGGCCAGUUCACUCGGGGCGAGUUUCGCUGAGCCAAUGAGGGAGAAUGCGCAGUUCGCUGGCGUCGUGCGAAGCGUGCUUCAAUACAGAAUAAUGAAGAGAAUCCAACAGGAGAUGACUAAUGAUGAGCUCCUGAGGAAGCGGGCCCUCCUCGACCAGUUAGAAAGAAGCGAAGCAGAAGCACAACGAAUCGAGAAGUACCUCAGCAGCAGUCAACAAUUUGGUGGAUCGCAACAUGUGCAGACUCCACGACGAUCGUCAAGCGUUAAGGAACAUACUACCCAGCAUCACAGGGAUGGGAGUAACGAAGACACGGCAUCGAUCGACUCCGACUUCCCGCCCACGCAUGAUGAUGUCACCUCGGCACCUUCGGCCAGAGUGGGCGCUCCAGAGCGUUCCAGCUCGAAUCCGACCCACCGAAAGUUACCCAGCGGCAACUCCAUCACCAACAAAAUCUUUGGGCCCAUCCGUCAUGCUAUACAGGGCGUGGCCGACGUAGACCCGGAGAGAACACGACGCGAUACUAUUGGCAAGACGAAGGAGAGCAUUGAACAACUCGAACAAGCCCAGGUGGUCUCGGCGCAAGAUGUGAAGGAGGCAAGUGCGAGCAUUCUGAAGGAUCUCAAGCGAUUCCAACACGAGAAAGAGGAUGACUUGAAGCGUUACAUGCUUGCGUAUGCCAAGAGCCAAAUCGAGUGGGCUCGCAAAAAUAAGGAGACGUGGGAGGAGGCCAAAGCCGAAGUUGAAAAGAUUGACGAGACCUAG